GCACACCGUAUUAAGCAAAUACAGGCAUUAUAAUAUAUGUUACUCAAAUGCUUAGAACACUGAUGUCUUGGGCUCUCAGUGAGUCACGUCAUGGCUUUGAAACGUGCGGCUUUUAGUAUUCUGGUGACCAUGGUGGCAGCAGCAAUCGUCCACGUGGAUACAAAGACAAGUUGCAGAUUAUGUCAACCGGGGUAUCACAUGGUAAGAAAAUGCAAGGACAAACAGCCAAACACAACAAGAUGUGCCAGGUGCCCAGCGAGUUCCUACACGGACCUUCCAAACAUGGAGAAGGGAUGUUAUCCUCAUCGCAAGUGUAACGCCACCAGCGAGGUUAUGGUGUUCCCUGGAAAUGCAACACAUGAUGUCAUAUGCGAACCUUGUGAUGAGACCAAUCACCCUUGUCAGCCAAGCCAAGAAUGUCCACCCGGAAAAGGAGUUAAAAUAACAGGUGGUUGCGGAAUAUGCAUUUAUGGCUACUUCAGUAACGAGAGUUCUAGCACACAGCCCUGUCGGCCAUGGACAAGAUGUCAUACCCUUGGCCUUGUCACGAUUAAAGAAGGCAACUCAACAGCGGAUGUCAUUUGCGGAGACCCAAGAGAUACGGACCUUAGCAUAGAAAAGGCUAUUCACACAUCUGAAGAUGACUCUAUCAAACUUGAGGAACGGAAAUGGUUGAUCAUAAACACUGUGCUCACUGCAUUGAUAUUGAUGAUCGUGCUUGGUUUCUUGGUUUUCAUCCGAUCAAGGGAAGAGUGCAGGCAGAGGACAUAUGAAGAAGAAGGACAUGUUGCCUUGCCAGUACAGUGCGAGGACACUCAUCCAAAAGAAAUUGAGGCUUCGUCCUCUGUAGGAUCGCGUUGGAGUGCUGCAACACGUCUUCUUCCCGACCAGAGCACAACUGUCACACGACUCUCUUCAUGA